AUGCUCAAGCAACUAAAACAUCCGAAUCUUGUCUCGUUGCUGGAAGUCUUCAAGCGGAAUCGGAAGUUGCAUCUGGUGUUCGAGCACUGUGAUCGUACUGUACUGCAUGACUUGGAGAAAUAUCCGAAUGGGGUUCCAGAGGAGCUGACGAAAAAAAUCACAUGGCAACUACUUGAAGCUUUACGGUUUUGUCAUUCGCACAAGUGUAUACACAGGGACGUGAAACCGGAGAACAUUCUCCUCACCAAGAAUGACGUUGUCAAGUUGGCUGACUUCGGCUUCGCUAGGAUAAUC